GAGCAUUUAAAUGCUGGUAUUAAAAAACCAACCACAACUACAACAACCACAACAACCACAACUAAUAGUAGCAAUAUUAAUAACAAUAACAAUUUUAACACAAUGAAUAGAGCAGUUCCAUCUCAAGAACAUUUUAGCAAAUCACCCACCUACGCUCGAAUCCCACCACCAUUAAAUCAACAGAACCAGUACCAGCAACCAUAUCCUCAACAACAACAGUAUUCACAACCACAAUACCAACAACCACCACAACAAUAUAAUAAUAGCGGCUUUCCUCAACAAAACAAUAAUUAUGGUUAUUCAGGACCACCCCAAGCAGAUUUUAAACCAGAAAAUCCUCCACUAUCAAAACUUGAUACAUUUUUAGCAAAUGGAAAAGUAUACUCUGAUGAGGCUAAAACAAAGAUUAUCAAUUUCGAUCAACAUUACAAAAUUUCAGAAAAUGUUAAAAAAACAGCUCAUGAUGCUAAACCAAAGAUUAUAGGUGGAUUUAAUUUCUUAAAAACAAAAUUUAAUGAUUUGGUAGACGGAAAAGGUACUGAUAGGGUGGAUGGUCCAGAUAUUAACCCAGUGCUAUCAACACCUAUAAAUGGGCAACCACAAUCACAAGGUCCAAAACAACCACCUCAAUUAUACUCAUAUCAACAACCAGUCCAAAACCAAUAUCAAGGACCAUCCGCUCAACAACAAUACCCCUAUCAACAAUACCAACAAUCGAAUAAUCCAUAUAAUAAUAUUAAUAAUGAUAGUGGUAAACCAAUAUCAUCCACAAUGCCACAACAACAGUCACAACAAUAUACACCAUCACAACAACAAUACCAAUAUCAACAAAAUAAUAACAAUAUUAAUAAUAAUAAUAACAUAAAUGAUAAUAUUAAAUUUAGUAACAUGUCUGAACCAAAUCUAAAAGGUACCUCCAAUAUUACUAAUUCCGCCAAUAUAGAAUCUAGAAAUGCUGAAAAUUAUAAUAUAACAACAGAACAAACAAAAUAAAAUAUUUAUUGUUUUUAUU